UUUAAGAAAAUUUGUCAAUUGGAGUAGUCGCAAAACUAACCACAAAAAGUCAAGCCGAGGAUAAACUAUAUUCGUUUUUUUUUCGAGCUUCUCAUACAUAACCUAACCCAUAAAGUUUAUUAAACGAAUACAAAGAUUUUUAAGAGCGCAUUCAACAUUUGAAACUUAAUUUUGAACGCAUAAACUUUAUUAGUAUUUCGCACUCACACUAAUAAACGUUUACGACUAAUCUAACCUUACACAUAAUAAAAUAUCGGGCGGCGACCCAUUUACGAUGAAAUCAAACACGAGUAUUCGUUGUGCCGUGUUGUUUGCAGUUUGUUUCUUUAGUCUCAUCAUUUCAUUAGACGCUAAGGAACUUUUAGAAAACCUUAAAAGACAACUAGUCGCAGCUGGUUUGAACUGUUGUUUUUCUUCCAAUAACAUCUUGCACCCAGACUAUCUUUAUGAGGUUAACGAUGCAAUAGCACUUUUAUCAAGUUCCAAAGAUUACGAUGGAAGAAGUGCAUUACUCAAUGCAACAAGAGCUAUGGCUAUCGGCCGACCAGACCUGAUUCUUAAAAAAGAAGAACUGCAAAAGGCAUACAUAGAUCCGAGAGUUCAAGACAAAAUAGAACAGGUCGUCAAAUGGUUUGUAAAUUACGUAGUACGUGAAAAUUGAAUCGAUUUGAAAAUUAUAAUAAUUUGUGUUUAAUUUGUUUGCAUUUCUAAAGUUUA